UUCAGCCCAACUGAUACGGAACUUAAAUGGGCUGCAAUCUGCUUAAAAAGAAUCAGGCUUUCUGCAAAUGUCUCUGGCUCUAUCUGUUCUUCUUCCUUGAAGUUGAUGAAGAACCCUAAACACUCAAUUGAGAUCUACCCUUACUGGGCAUUUCCCGCUAUUCAGAAUCCAUUCUAACCUAGGGGGAUUUUGAAUUUCGACGCCAUUUUCACAGGCAAGUUAUUUGCAUAUACAAUUGCAAAUUUUUGUCAUGAUGUUUAUACAUAUGCGUAAAUAUCUUGUCUACUUCUCCAAGAAUAAUUCUUUAUCGGUAUGCAAAUCCCCUGUUUCUUUCUCUCUUCCAACACUUCAGCUUUUCUCUACUUCUGCGGAGAAACAACGUACUACCACCACUGCACUUUCUGAUUUCUUGCUGCAUAAACACCAUUUCUCUCCUGAAUCGGCUUCACAAGUCGCCUCGGCUUUAACCCGUCUGAAGGACCUGGAAAAGUACGACUUCAUACUGUCGUUCCUCAAAGACAGUGGUUUUUCAAAUACCCAGUUGGAGAAGAUCCUGAAAUAUAAGCCUGGAUUGCUCUCAGCAAACGCUGACAUAGUCAUCAAGCCCAAGAUCAAGAUUUUCCAGGAUUUGGGUUUUUCUGCUAAAGACACUGCUGAAAUAAUCACGAAUGAUCCGGAUAUUUUGUACCGUAGUUUGAAUAAUAGAGUUAUCCCGUCAUUGUCUCUGUUAAAGGCUUUUUUUGGAUCCAGUGUGGAAGUAGCUAAGGUUUUGAGGAUUUCCGGGUGGUUCUUGAAGUAUGAUGUUGGAAAAACUAUGGUUCCCAAUGUUGAAUUCUUGAAAAGCUGUGGGAUAGCCAUGGAGCAGAUCAGUUGGCUUAUGUAUAAUUUUCCUCGGGCACUCUUGAGUAAGCCGGAAAGAUUGAGGACAUAUGUUGACAGGAUUGAUGAGAUGGGAAUCAGUAGGAGUUCCAAAAUGUUUAUUCAUGCUAUCCGUGUUCUUGGGUCGAUGACUAUAGAGACUUGGGAACAGAAGUUGAAGGCUUUUCAGAAUCUAGGUUUCUCCAAAGAUGACAUAGUGGCAGCAUUCCGAAAAGCUCCUCAGGUUUUCGCUGUAUCUGAAGCAAAACUGAAGAACUUGAAGAAGGUUCUGCUUGCAUCUGGGAAAUAUGAUGUUUUAUGUAUCAUUAACCACCCGACGUCACUCAUUUGCAGCAUCGAGAAGAGGUAUAAGCCACGGCUACAAAUGUUGGGGAUUCUGGAGAGUAGGAAUUUGAUUGAAGAUUGGCCUAAUUUUCCAGCAUUAUACAAAAUGUCUGAUGAGGCGUUUUUUAAGAAAUAUGUUGGCCCUUAUUUAAAUGAAGUUGGGCACCUGAGUAUGGUUAAGAGAGCGUUCAGAGUCAAAAGAGACGCCGAACUUAUAUUAUCAUCGAAAAAAGUGAGAUCACAACCUACCAUCAGUUCUAAAAUUCUGUAGCAGCCUGUGGAAGCAAAUUGAGCAAAAAUAGUUAGUUCGCUUAAAUUGUUUGCCCAAGUUAUUGCUACUUAAAAGUUCGUUUGCUCUUCGUAUUGAAA